UUUUUUUCUCUGGUCUGAAUUCAUUUACGGUUUGUGUACGUGUAUCUGUCUGUCUGUCUCUCUCACUCUCUUUCCAUUCAUUACGUACACGCGCACACACACACACCUACAUAUACAAACAGUCUCUUUCUUUCGCUCUUUCCCUCUCUUUCCUCGAACCACUCGCAGUUUUACAUACACUACAUAUUCAAGCAGGCGUGCGCACACUCACCUCUACUUCAUUACUAACUACUAGGACAUCUUUAUAUACACACCAAACCACACAUACAUAUAUCGCUAAAAAAACCUUCUCCCAGUGACCAACCGAAAUCAAAACAAUACUCACCACCACCAACAACUAAAAACAGCUAUAAUUACAACCACAACAAGCUUACAAUAAAGUAACUACUAUCACCAAUUACUUGUUGUUACUUGUCAUCGUUGCUACUCUUGCUGUAGUUUGGAGAAAUUUUAGUGUGAAAAAAAGUCUAAACACAGAACGAACAAAAAAUCAGCAACAUGGGUCUCGGAGGAUGUUAUACUUGCAUCAAAUAUUUGAUGUUUGCAUUCAACUUCAUUUUCUGGUUGUUGGGAUGUGCCAUCCUUGGUGUCGGAAUAUGGAUCCGCAUCGAUCCAACGUUUCAAAUGUACAUCGAUGAUAACUUCAACCUGCCAUAUUUGGGUGCCUAUAUUCUUAUAGGCGUUGGUGUUCUGAUGAUGAUAAUAGGAUUUAUUGGUUGCUGUGGCGCUAUCCGUAAGAGCCAGUGUCUUCUUGCUUCGUUUUUCAUAUGCCUCUUCAUCAUUUUUGCCAUCCUCCUCGGUGCUGGAAUCUUCGCCAUUAUCUCAAAGUCAAAUGAUGAAUUGGAUUUGAUGGGUAACCUUGUCGAGGAUAUGUUGGACAAUGCUGUUGAAAAAUAUGACACAAAUAAGGCAUCACAGAUUCUUAUGGACAGUGUACAAAAGGACUUCAACUGCUGUGGAUCUACUCGUGGUAAAAUUGACUACGGUGAUACUAGUCCACACGUCAAGACUUGCAUUCGGGAUUUUUAUGAUAUUCCGUGCAAAAACAAGUUGACAGAGUUCUUCACAGACUACAUGGUCAUCAUUGCAGGUGUCGCCAUUGGUAUUGCCAUUGUCAUGAUUCUGGGAAUGAUAUUCUCAAUGAUACUUUGCUGUUCACUUCGAGAAGUAGCAUAGAUGCCAGGACUAAUUUGCUGCUCUUCUCCUUUGUAAUUGUUUCCGACUGGUCUGUUGUGUUUUCUUUGCUAAGAAUAUAAAGGAAAAAGAAAAAGAAAAAAAAGAAAAAAAGCUUAAGAUUUUUUUUUACAAAAAAAAUUUAAAAAGAAAGUAAGAAAGAAGAAAAUAUGAAGAAAGAACCUACUGCGACAACUAUAGCCACUUGAACAACAAAAACUACAAACAACAGUCUGUCAUAUAUAAAUAACAACAUCAUUGUUGAUGACAUUU